AUGUUUGUUCUUACGAUUGCAACGGCUUUUUUUGAAAUUGUUUAUGGUAUUAAAGCACGUUCAAAUUCUUUAAUUGCUGAUGGAUUAUAUUCAUUUGCUGAAGGUCUUUGUUUAAUUGGUGUUCUUGUUGUUCUUCAUUAUGCACGUGAUGUUAAGCAUCAUGCUAAAAAAAAUACAUUUGGUUAUGAACGAUUAGAAUUAUUAUUUGGUCUUAUACAAGAAGUAUUUCUUGUAUCAAUAUCAUUAGGUAUUAUAGUUGAUGCUCUUAAUCAUUUAAUUCAUCCUAUGCAUGUACAUGAUCCAAAAUUAGUUAUUAUUCUUGGUACAGGUGGUAUGAUUAUUGGUAUACUUGGUAUAGUUAUGUUUUGGGGUUAUCAUCAUGAUCAUAAUAUAGCAAAAGAAAUAUCUGAUAAGAAAAAAGGAGAUUUUUUAGUAUGGACAAAAAAACAUUCGAAAGAAAAACGUGCAAAUGCCCGUGGAUCUCGUCAAAAUACAAUUGUUGAAGAUCCAUUAGUAGAUAAACAACAAAAUGUACAAACUACCGAUGAAUUAAACAAAACUGGUAGUAUUGAUGUAGAUCCUCAAGAUGUUCAGACAGAUACAUCCAUUCUCAAUACUUUCACUUAUGAAAAUGUUCAAAUAGCUGAAACAAGAGUCUAUGCUACUUUACAUGCUCUAUGUUUACAUUCAUGGGAAAAAUCAAUCAUUGUUGUUGUAUCGGGUUUGAUGUUUCGUUUUAUUCCACAUACAGAUCCAAUUACAGGAAAAGAAAUUAACAGUUGGUUAAAAUAUGUUGAUCCAAUAUUAACACUUGUGAUGGUUGUUAUUGUUGCUGUUAAUGCAAUUCCUGUUAUACUUUCUAUAAGUAAAGUAUUAAUUGAAAAUGUUCCAGGUGGUAUUGAUACACGAGAAUUAAUGGAUGAAAUUGUUACAGCUAUACCAGCAAUUAAAAGUAUACAUAGUCUUCAUAUUUGGAGAGCAACAUCUAAAGAUAUUUAUGCAACAUUACAUGUUGUAUGUGACGAAGAUGUUAAGUUAAGUACAUGUACAAAUAUAUAUGGUAGACGUAUACAAAAAAUUUUAAAAGGUUAUUGUAUUGCGUAUUUUACAUUACAAUAUGAAUAUAUACCAUCAAGUCAAUCUAAUGAAAUAGCUGUUUAUCCUUGUGUUCAUGGACUUCAUAGAAAACGUCGUGGUCAUAAUUAUGAUGAACCUAUGACAAAAUUAGCUAAAGAAGCAAUACUUCAUAUUGGAGAGUGA